CUCGGGGUUUGGUUUGUGUUUACAGCAGCUUGAGUUCUGUUGCUGGUUAGUGUAAUACGAUGUUAUGUCAACCAUCUUCGGAAUAAACGCACGUUGUGGACACAGGUGAUUUUACUCAUUUAAAAAAAAAACCUCAUUCAUGAAUGCGCCUGAAGGCUUGGUUUAGCAGUCAUGGAUGACAAGGCCUUGGUGGGGAAAAUUAGCGUGUCGUCCGACUCGGUGUCCACCCUCAACAGUGAGGACUUUGUGCUGGUGUCCCGGCUCGGGGACGACACGCCGUCCACUAAUAACGGUAGCGAUGACGAGAAAACAGGACUCAAGGUGAUUUCUGAGGAAGGGGUACGCUUGAAGAUUGUGGGGAACGGUAGUGAGCAGCAGCUGCAGAAGGAGCUGGAGGAUGUUCUGAUGGACCCGUCGGUUGCCGAGCUGGCGGGAGGGGGCGGAGACAUGGCCGCCGCAGGGGAUCAUGGGAACCCCGCCGCAAGGGAUCAUGGGAACCCCACCACCGCAGCUCCGCCCACUCCGCAGAGCUCCGCCUCUCCCAGCAGUGUUCCGCUCAGUGCUCCACCCAAACUGGAGAUGGUGCUGCCAGUCCAGACGUCUCAGGAGAGCCAACUGAACGAGCAGUCGUACAGAGACGAGUCGUCGGAGGCGAGCCCCUGCACCCCGGUGCCGGACGAGGACAGCGUGGUGUUCAGCAAGCUGACGUACGUGGGCUGUGCGUCGGUCAACGCCCCGCGCAGCGAGGUGGAGGCGCUGCGCAUGAUGAGCAUCCUCCGCAGCCAGUGCCAGCUCCCGCUCGACGUCACGCUCUCCGUGCCCGGGGUCUCAGAGGGCACCGUCAGGUUGCUGGACCCUCAGUCGAGCACAGAGAUCGCCAACUACCCCAUCUACAAGAUCCUGUUCUGUGUACGAGGCCACGACGGCACGGCGGAGAGCGACUGCUUCGCCUUCACCGAGAGCCACCACAACGCCGAGAUCUUCCGCAUCCACGUCUUCCGCUGCGAGAUCCAGGAGGCGGUCAGCCGGAUACUCUACAGUUUCGCCACGGCCUUCCGGCGGUCAGCCAAUAAGCCUCCACUGGCAGCGCAGGCCCCGCCCCUUACGCCAGAUAGCGAUGUCUUCACCUUCACCGUCAGCCUGGAGAUCAAGGAGGAUGAUGGGAAGGGAACCUUCAGUGCCGUAUCCAAAGACAAGGACAGGCAGAGCUUCAAGCUGCGCCCAGGCAUGGACAAGAAGAUCGUCAUCUACGUGCAGCAGACGUCCAACAAAGAGCUGGCCAUCGAGAGGUGUUUUGGCCUGUUGCUGAGUCCAGGCAAGAAUGUGAAGAACAGCGACAUGCACCUGCUCGACCUGGAAUCAAUGGGGAGGAGCUCAGAUGGGAAGUCCUACAUCAUCACGGGGAGCUGGAACCCCAACACUCCUCAGUUUCAGGCUGUCAAUGAGGAGACACCCAAAGAUAAGUUCAUGUACAUGACGACGGCGGUGGACCUGGUGAUCACGGAGGUGGAGGAGCCGGUGCGUUUCCUGCUGGAGACGCGGGUGAGGGUGUGCUCGCCCAGCGAGAGGCUCUUCUGGCCCUUCAGCAAGCGCUCCUACACCGAGACCUACUACCUGAAGCUCAAACAGAUGGAGCGGAAGGAGCGGAAGAGCAACACGGACACGCUGUACGAGGUGGUGAGCCUGGAGAGCGAGUCGGAGAGGGAGCGCAGGAAGACCACGGCCACGCCGAACCUCCCGCAGUCCGCCUCCAACGUGCCCUCCCCGCCCGAGGAUGAGGAGGAGGAAGAUAAUGACGAGCCCCUGUUGAGUGGCUCAGGGGACGUGUCUAAGGAGUGUGCUGAGAAGAUCCUGGAGACGUGGGGAGACCUGCUGUCUAAAUGGCACAUGAACCUAUCGGUGCGACCCAAGCAGCUCCCCGCCCUCGUUCGCAGUGGUGUUCCAGAAGCCCUCAGGGGCGAGGUGUGGCAGCUCCUCGCUGGUUGCCAUAACAACGACCACCAGGUGGAAGAGUACCGGACGCUCAUCACAAAAGAGUCUCCUCAGGACAGUGCCAUCACCAGAGACAUCAACCGCACAUUCCCAGCACACGACUACUUUAAGGACACAGGUGGCGACGGCCAAGACUCCCUGUACAAGAUCUGCAAGGCCUACUCGGUGUAUGAUCAGGAGAUUGGCUAUUGCCAGGGACAGUCGUUUCUGGCAGCUGUGCUUCUUCUACAUAUGCCAGAGGAGCAGGCCUUUAGCGUGCUGGUGAAGAUCAUGUUUGACUACGGCCUCAGGGACCUCUUCAAGCAGAACUUUGAGGAUCUGCACUGCAAGUUCUUCCAGCUCGAGAGACUCAUGCAGGAGUAUAUCCCAGACCUGUAUGCCCACUUCCUGAACGUGGGUCUGGAGGCGCACAUGUACGCGUCGCAGUGGUUUCUCACCCUGUUCACAGCCAAGUUCCCCCUCUACAUGGUGUUCCACAUCAUUGACCUGCUGCUCUGCGAGGGCAUCAGUGUGAUCUUCAACGUGGCGUUGGCCUUACUCAAGACGUCCAAGGACGACCUGCUCCAGACGGACUUUGAGGGCGCGCUGAAGUUCUUCCGGGUCCCAGUGCCAAAGCGCUACCGCUCUGAGGAGAACGCCAAGAAGCUGAUGGAGCUAGCCUGCAGCAUAAAGAUCAGCCAGAAGAAGUUGAAGAAGCAUGAGAAGGAGUACCACACCAUGAGGGAGCAGCAGGAGCAGCAGGAGGCCCCCAUCGAGAGAUACGAGAGGGAGAACAGGCGGCUGCAGGAGGCGAACAUGCGUCUGGAGCAGGAGAACGACGACCUGGCCCACGAGCUGGUCAGCAGCAAGAUCGCCCUGCGCAAGGACCUGGACAAUGCUGAAGAGAAAGCGGACGCUCUGAAUAAAGAGCUGCUGAUCACGAAGCAGAAGCUGGUGGACUCAGAGGAUGAGAAGAGGAGACUGGAGGAAGAAUCCGCACAGCUGAAGGAGAUGUGUCGAAGGGAGCUGGACAAAUCUGAAUCGGAGAUCAAGAAGAAUGGUUCCAUCAUCGGCGAGUACAAACAGAUUUGCUCACAGCUGAGCGAACGUCUGGAGAAGCAGCAGACGGCCAACCGUGGUGAACUGGAGAAGAUCCGGCUGAAGGUGCAGGGCUGUGAGAAGUGCAGUGGGCUCUUCAGUAAGGAGGGCCGUCUGAAGGUGGCGCCGGUGAGCAAGCCCGGAGUGGACGAAGACCCGGACGAGGAGAAGGAGGAUCUGCAGAACCAGCUCAGGGAGAUGGAGCUGGAGCUCGCCCAGACCAAACUACAGCUGGUGGAGGCAGAGUGCAAGAUCCAGGACCUUGAGCAUCACCUGGGCCUUGCUCUCAAUGAGGUGCAGGCGGCCAAGAAGACCUGGUUCAACCGCACACUGACCUCCAUUAAGACGGUGACCGGAGCCCAGGGCAAAGAGACCACCUAACCAAGAGCACAGAGAAUGCAAACACACAGGGAGGAGGGAGGGGACGAGGGAGAAUAAAAACACAACAGAAAAGAGACUGCUUUACCUCCCCUACCUAAACCCCCCCCCACCGACUCCCCCCGACUCCCCCCUUCCAUCUUUGGUCUGUAGAGCCUCCCUUCUCUACCAGACCAGGAGCAAUGAAAACCAACCAACCAACCACGUUUGCUUUCUUGUCUUUCUCUACAUCUUUUCUUUCCGUUCUUUAAUUGUUUUUUUUUUUUUUUAACAAAUGAACUUGUAUUGCUCGUAGUGGUCAGAUUGGGACUGGAAAUGAAAUUUCAAAAUUAACCAAACCAGUGAUCCGUUGGCGAUGCUGGAGAGAGCGAUUUAACUCCUGGAUCUUUAGACUACUGAUAUUUAACAGCGUUAUAGGAGGGAGGCCCGGGCUAUCUAGAGCACCUGUGCCACCUCACCUGGGAUCAUACACACUCCCUCAGCAGCACUACAGAUGCUGACCAGAUACACACACACACACACACACACACACACACACACACACACACACACACACACACACACACACACACACACACACACACACACACACACACACACACACACGUACGUCUCCAACUGAAGCAAAGGUACGAGCAUUAAAACACCCCCUCCUCACAGACUGUUUCCGUUUGAGUGAUGACGUUUUCAUUUCUUCUGACAUAACCGAAUGCGGGGUGUGUGUGUAUGCGUGUGAGAGUGAGAGAUGCAGAAGAAUGUAUAAAUGAGUGUUUUGUUUUUUUUUGGUUGUUAUUUUUGUUUUUAUUGUGAAGUUUGUGCUGUGGAAGAUGAAAGGAAAAAAAAAAAAAAGAAACAAACUAAUAUUUUUUUUUUGCUGACCGAGUCCGUUGGAGGGGAAAAAAAGUACUUUGAUGAAGCCUUGAAAUUGAAGUAAUGAGGUUGACCAGAGAACAGUGAAAGGAGAUCGAUGCCCACAAAGCAUUUUUAGCCAUCGCCAUAGCAGCAUCAGUAUGCCAUGGCUCCAUCAGUAGCAGACAGCACUCCAGAACUCUUAGCAUGGUUCCACGCCUCUGCUGUGGGUUCCAGGCCUCCCCCUCCUGACUGAACCCAGACAGCUGCACUGAUAUGGGGAAUAUACACAUCCACACACAACACACACACAUCCACACACACACAUUUCUUUGUCUCCUUUUGGAUGACCAAACAUCGUCCAGGGACAGCAAAUUUAAAAAUAGACAGCAGAUGUAAAAUAGCCUUUUUGAUUAUUUCUGGCGAAAUAACAGUUGUUUCUUUAUGUGCACUGUUCCUGUUAAAUAAACCUAAAUAGAUGAAUACAUCAAACGAUGAACAUAUACAGCAUAAUACCUGUACACUAGUCACAGGGGCAACCAUCUUGAGCUGUAAGGCUGUUCUACCUGUAUCUGCUGCGCUGAUCCACUGGCUUAGGAUGGCUGGAGAAGAGAUAGAACUAUUCUUACCACAGAUAGUGUAGAGAAGAUGGCGUGUGUGUGUGUGUGUGUGUGUGUGUGUGCGUGCGUGUGCGUGUGUGCGCGUGUUUGCAGAUUUAGAUCAUCUACAGCACUUAUUAGCCCGUGAUGGACAAAGACGUACUGAUGAAACUUAGACGAAUGGAGAAAAGAAGGAAGGCAGACAAGAGAGAAGGGUGUGUGUGUGUGUGUGUGUGUGUGUGUGAGAGAGAGAGAGUGAGUUAGUGAGUCCAAGUGUGUGUGUGUGUGUGAUUAUGGGUGCGUGUUAACUCUUGAGAACUGAAAAUGGGUGGGGAGGGAAGGUCGCUGCACCUUACACAUAUUUAUAAAGGGGUGGGGGGGGGAGAUCCAGCUUGCUUUGGAACCGACACCGUCAUCAGCGGCAGCACCUGUGCCUGAGAUGACUUACUCAGAGUUCUGUCCCUGAAGGCACUGUCGCCCGUCUUCAACUUGUACAUAAAAAGCCUAACAAAAGUUUUUUUUGUUUGUUUGUUUGUUUGUUUAUUUUGUAUUUCUACUCUCCUUGGUAACUGUACUAAUAUUGCCUAAUUGUACUGUGUCUAAAAAAAAGAGAGAUGAUGACUCUUUUUACUUUUUUUUUUUUUGCUCAACAGCAACAAGAGAAAAAAAAUGACGUUUUUUUUUCCGUCUCAUGUCAGAAACUGCUGUCGCAUCUAUUCCAUGCCAAAAUGUACCUUCACCCAACAUUACCAACGUGUGGACAUUGUACUAGUGUAGGUUGCAUUGUGUAUACAUCAAGAUUUCAAUAUAAAGCUAUGACCACCUGCCAUCUCAUUUGGUUCUUUUCUGUUUGAUGAGUGAUUGACAGGAACGAGUUACCUGUGGAGACUCAGGUGCUGUUAGCAGUAUAAUCAGUUCAUCUAAUUGCACAGACUCCUUGCUCAUGCAUAUGCAAUGGUUGGAAAAAGUUUCCAAUUUCAUGACCGUUAAAUAUCAGUGUGUUUACUGUUACGGUCUGGCUCUAUUCAUGGUUCAUUCACCCUAGAAAUGACUAAAAUUUCCUUAGGGAAAGGUGUCUCUAACACCACCUGAGCUAUCCACAGUUAAUAUCAUGAUCAAGUUUGGUAUCCUAAUCAUUUACAUUGCUUACAGCAAACAAUUGACCUUAAACAGACUACUAUCCCAAUCUCAGAUCUGAGUUUUACUUCUGAUAGCAGAUUCUUCCAUUACUCACUGUACUGUAAAGCAUAAUUCAUAUUUUAUUAGGAAUAAAACAUUAUUUAGGGUGGA